CUCCCUCACUCUCUCUCUUUCCCCAUCUCACUUUCUCUCUCCCUCUCCCCCCUUUAAUUACUUCCAUAGCAGCAGCAAUCUCGACCACCCCAUCAUAUCACUGCUUGCCUAAAUUCGUUAUAGCAGAGGGAAAUCGAGUUGACUGCCCAUUAUUAUUAUCAUCAAUACCCAAAUUUAAUUCAGUAAGUACCAUAUACUAUUGCAUGAUGAUGGACAUGAUCUCCGGCGGCAAUGGCGGCGGCAUGAUGACUUUCGCCUCCCCGCUCCCGCCGCCGCCGCCAGAAGCUUCCUCAAUCACCACUUUCCAAAACCCGGACGAACCCCAGUAUUUCAGCGUCCCUUCCCACCAUCUGGACUACAGCAACAGCAUCUCGCAGAUGCUGAUGAGGCGGAGGAGGUCGGCCGCGUCGUCGUCGUUCGUCACCGGCGGGGACAGGGGAUGGGAUACCGGGGAGGACAAUGUGAUGCUGCGGCGGCCGCGGGGCGGCGAGGACGAGAUGUCGGAUGACGGGUCGUCGGCGCAGCUCGGGGAGAAGAAGCGGCGGCUGGGGCUGGAGCAGGUGAAGGCGCUGGAGAAGAGCUUCGAGCAGGGGAACAAGCUGGAGCCGGAGCGGAAGAUGGAGCUGGCGAGGGCUUUGGGGUUGCAGCCGCGGCAGAUCGCGAUCUGGUUCCAGAACCGCCGCGCUAGAUCUAAGACCAAGCAGUUGGAGAAGGAUUACGAUUUGUUGAAGAGGCAGCUUGAAGCCCUCUCUUCUGACAAUAAUGCCCUCAAAUCUCGUAACAAGAAGCUUCACUCUGAGCUGCAGUUACUGGCACUGAGGAAUAGAGAAUCAAAGGGUGCGGGCCCCGCCACGAUAAAUCUGAACCAAGAAACGGAAGGCUGUUCCUGGAACACCGCCAACAACGCCAGCGAGACCAACAGCGGCAGCAUUAUUUUUACGGUAGACGACCACCGUCAUGUAAAUUUCGGCGGUGGUGGCGGUGGCGCUUCUUCUUCCAAACCAUCCUCCGCAAAUCAUAUUGUCUGGCGGCAGCCGCUGCCGCCGCCCUCCGCUGUCCCAACAAAUCUCACCCAUCAGCUGCUGCAUUCCUCGUCCAGACCGGAUGAUGACCUACUAUUACACCGCAGUAAUAAUAAUAUGAAAAUUAAUAAUAAUAACAAUAAUAAUAAUGGUAAUGAUGGUAAACUGGAAACAAAUGUUCACGACGAAGAACAAGCCGGAGGAGCCUAUUGUAGUAUGUUCGGCGAAGUCGGGAUGGAGGACGAGCACGACGAGUUCUUGGACAUGGCGCCGGCCGCCGCCACAGCAUUUCCGUUCAAUUUCUCUUUCUUCUCCUGAAGAAGAAAAUUGCAGCUGUACGUUAAUUAGCAAGGCAGUAGAGCAUGAAAUUUUAUUUUGCCUUCCAUUAUUUAGUUAUAGUGUAAUUUAUUUAUUUGCAAAUUGCAAUUUGCAAACGUACAUUAGAACUUGAAGAUUGUUACUACUCGCUUUUUACAGUCUUCGAAAUCCAUGUUAUGAAUGUCAUUUAAUACAAAUACAAUUCUCCUUCCGUUUAAUCUUUGUCAC